UGUGUGUGUGUGUGUGUGUGUGUGUGCAGCUUGCCAGUUUAUGUAGACAGUGUGAGCGCUGUCUCAAAUACAAAAGGACACCUUCACAGGUUCAACACAGACGAGGAUUCUCAUUUCUCUUGUUACCGCCAGCCUCAGGUAUGAGGGCCUGCUUAGUAUUCCUCUGCUUACUGUCAGCAACAUUUGCCCUGUCUGUUCAAAGUAAACCUCAUGGAAAACAUCAUGGAUUGCAUAAGACUUCCCAUAAAAACAAAGAAAAGGACAUCAUCGUAGAGGAGGCCAACGACUCACAGAUCUUACCAACUGUAAUCACAUUUGAGGCCAGCAGCCAAGAGCAAGAAGAUGAGGAACUGAGCUCCCAAGACAAUGCUAAUGCUAAUGCUAACAAGCAGGAGGAAGAGUUUGAGGUGACUGAAAAGAGUGAUAAACCUACUGCAGUCCUGCUUAGUGAAGAGGAGUUGGUAGACCUCCUGAAGAAAGAAGCAGAAGAAGAGCAGGAAGCAGAAGAGACAGUGCUAGAGGAAGUUGAGGCUGAGAUGAACAAACGCAAGGAGGAGUCUGAUGAGACUGUGGACACCAUUGAGGAGGAGGAGGAGGAGGAGGAGGAGGAGGAUGACAAACUACAGAUGGAAGAACAGAUUAAAGACAAUGUUGGAGAUGCAGAAAUGCUGGAGAAAGAAGAGAAAGAGGUGGAAACGUCUGUUGAAAUAGUAGCAGACAGAAAGGUGUUGCUGGAGGAAACAGAUGGUAGCACAGAUUCAGAAAUACCUGUUGAUCUUGACUACGCUGCUGAUAGUGGCAUCUCACAACCUCUACAGAUUCUAUCUGCUAAAACAAAACCCCACACUCCUGACAGCCAGCCUCCUUCAAAAGAAGACAGUAAAGAGAAGGAAACCAGUGACAAAAAACUGCCAACCAUUGCAGGUGAAGAAGAUGUCGAAAACACUCAGGCAGUGGACCCUGAAGAACUAAAGAGCAAUACAGAGUCCCAACAGGCAGGAAAGGAAGAGGAGAAAAGCAAGAAUGACAGUGGAAGCCACACCAAGGGAAAGACAAGGAAGCAGAAGAAGAACAAGCGUGCGAGGAAGCACUCUCCACAGAGUGAGGAAACACCGUCAGGACAGGAACAGAGCCAACAUGAUCCUCAGCCAUCUGAAACCAGCAGCAUUGACAAUACAGUUCAAAAGGCCAAGAGGAGAAGGGCAGGAAAAUGGGGUCCUUUAGUAGGAAUGAAUCCAGUGCAGAUAAGAGCCACAGUGGAUCUCUACCCAGGAUCCAGGCCCUCUCCUGGUGGAGGCAUACAUCGCACAGAAGCCCCUGCCGAUCCAUGUGACAACUUCCCCUGCAAACGUGGAAAGACAUGUAAACUCGAUGCGGACAAAAAGCCAGGCUGUGUGUGUCAAGAGGUGGCAGAUUGUCCUACCAGUGUAAAUGAGUUUGAUCAUGUUUGUGGCACAAACAACAAAACAUAUGAUACAUCAUGUGAACUCUUUGCCACCAAAUGCAACCUGGAGGGCACUAAGAGAGGACACAGACUACACCUGGACUACACUGGGCCAUGCAAACUUAUACCUCAAUGUGUGGAUACUGAGCUGGUCCAGUUCCCAUUACGAAUGAGGGAUUGGCUGAAAAAUGUGCUCCUGCAACUUUAUGAACAUGACUCCAUGUCUCCUGGCUUCCUCACGCCUAAACAACGUUUUAGAGUGAAGAAAAUCUUUGAGAGUGAGAGACGUCUUUAUGCUGGUGAUCACUCUGUUGAGCUGCUUGCACAGGACUUUGAGAAGAACUACAACAUGUACAUCUACCCAGUGCACUGGCAGUUUGCACAACUGGACCAACACCCUUCGGACAGAAUCUUGUCCCACUCUGAGCUGGCCCCACUUCGAGUCCCUCUGGUGCCGAUGGAGCACUACUCCCGCUUCUUUCAAGAGUGCGACGCUGACAAGGACAAGCAGGUGUCCUUUAAAGAGUGGACUUCCUGUUUCGGUAUUAAAAAUGAUGAUAUGGAUGUCAACCUACUGUUCUGAGCUCCAGUUUGUACCUCACCUUCAAUACAAUCCGGUUUAGGUGCUCCAACAGACUAAAGCAUCCAUAAACCUCUGUAACAUUAGGAAAUCUGACAGAUACAGAUUGUAGAAACUCCUUCUUAUUUCCUAUUUAAGUGUUGGUGGUCAUUGCUGUUGUCAUGUUUCAGGCUAAGCUUGGACCUUUGCAUAUUUGUGUUGUAAUUUAGACUAAGCAGCUAGAAUCAUUAUAUUAUAAUAUAAGAAAUUGUGUCGUUUAGCUGGUUUUAUCCACAAAGGUUCUAAUGCAUUCCAAAUUGGGGAAAAGUUUACAUCAGCUCAUUAUAAGAAAAGUUGUUGUACAUAUAGUACUAAACUUCAGAAGAACUGGGGUUUGUAUGUAAGAGGGAUUUAGUAAAUAACUCUUUAAAUCAAGAUUAAAUACACUUGUGUUACAAAAUGUAAAAAAAAAAGAUCUUGUGUUUCUUAUCUUAGUAGAACACUUCUAUAAAUGUUUGUAUUUGCAUUGACGUUUCAUUGUAGAUCUAAUUAAAGCUUUAUUGACAGCUGAGCACUUGCACAUUCUCAUGUCGAAGUAUAGUUCAGUGCACCCGUUGUUAAUGAUGACUUUCUUUACACUCUUGUAAUAAAGUUAUAGCAUUAUAUUGGUUGGGAUGUAUCAGUUUAUGCUUUAAUAUGAUGUUUUUUCACUUUCAAUAUCCCCUAUACCACCAUGACAUGAGAAUAUGACCUUGGCAACAAUAGUUUUUAGAAAUGCAAGUCACUGAUAACUGGUUAAGUUUUGCCACAUAAUCCUUAAUAACGGCCUUCUGUAAGAUAACAAAGCAAAAAAUAGCCUGCAGCAUGGUCAUGAUGAUUACAGUGACUUGUUGUUUUGAGAUAAAGAGCUGGACUCUGAUUGGACCUUUGUUAGUGAUCACUGAAUCUGGCACUCUCUAUAUAAGCACAGCAAGAAGCAACUCUGCACCUGUCGCCUGUCUGCUGUGACUGAGAAUAAACAUGUUCUGCACACUGUGGAUUCUCUUAUACACCUUUGCUCUUGUGGUGGAGGGUGGUGUGUCUUCAGGGAGUGCUGAAGCACUUGCCAAUGGGGGAGUGAAUAAUAAUAGAGCAGCAGCUGGUAACAAUGCCAACGUUGGGGGUCAAAAUGGGAUCCCACUAAACGGUCAGCCCCUUGUGGGACACUUAGUCCAACUUGGCGGCUCCUUUUUUAUCCAGCCAGUUGGAAACCAAGUAGGUCAGCCUCCUCUGCAGCAGCUGAUUCCCAUCGGAGCUCUCCCACAAGGUGGGGCAUUUCUUGUGGGGCAGGGAAGCGCUGUCAAUGUGAAUCCACAGGGGCAGAUGACUCAGGGUGUCGGGGCUGGGCCGGUCACACUGUAUGCCGUGCUGCCGCAGGGAAAUGUUGGAGGAAACCCACAGGGCUCCCUGUUGACUCCUGGCCAGGUGCAGCUGAUCUCAGUAGCCGGUCUAAACAACCAGCCACAGCCGGGAGUCGCUGGUGGGAGGGCGGCUGGUGGAGUGAGGUUUCAGCGUUCACUUGCAGCUCGCCUCAGGAGGACGCAGUUUCCCGUGAUGAAGGUGGUGGCAGCCGAUGAGGAUGAAGAAUGCUCUGGGACAGAUUUCGAGGAGAAGCAAACAAAAUGAGACAACUGUCAACAAUAUGUCAUGAUUCAAUCCCCUAAUCCUGCUCAUGCUUGAAUGUUAUAAAUCAUUAUCAUCAUAACUAAUGAUCAAUAAAUUAUGGAAGUCAA